UAGUACGCAGGCGCAUGAGUUUCUAUGGUUACCAGACAGCGCUAGUGUUUAAAGCAGUCGACAUGCACACAAAAAAUCAGAAGCUUAAGAAGCAGAGAGAAGAGGAGGAGCGGAGGCAGAUAGAGGAAGAGGAAGCACUGCAAGCAGAGAGAGAGAUAAAGCAGAGGGAAAUAGAAAGACUUGAGCUAAAGGAUCUUGAGCGUAGAGACAAUGAGCUGGAAGAACUGCGCUAUCUACUGGAGAAGAACCAAAUAGCAGUCACAGAAUUGAAACGUGAUGCAGAGGAGAACGUUCAGUGGGAGAGAUACUUGCGCUGUGAUGUUCAACCAGACCCAGAAGAUCAGAGGAAGGUCAACUCAUUCAUCACCUUUUGGAGGGAUGACACAGAGCUCAAAACCACAGAGGUGUUAAAGCAAUGCCACAUCGCUGUGAGGCUGGUUGAGGAGAUUGAAGAUCUUCUCAAAAAGGCUACAAGUCCCCAAAAGAUUCAGACGUACCAGGAGAGUCUUCGGAGUUUACAGGAGCUAAUCUACUUCAAACACAAUCUCACAAGUGAGGAGAUCCUCAAGAGCGCAAACAAGAACAUUGAUAUCAAGACAAGGAACUUCCAAACUGUGAUUAAAGAUGAGAAUAUAACCAUGUGCCUCUGGGCCAACCUCUGUAAGAAUCCAAGCUUAAAGUUGUUUAAUUUUGAGGAGGUUGGUUUGGGCUUCAAGCUUUCCAAACCGCUGGCUAAGAGUAAUAUCGCUGUACGGGUAAUCCACACACGCUACGACCACCUGUCGAUGAUAUCCAGGAUCACUCACCCGAGAGCCCACACGACCAGUCGCAGGUCUUCUGUGAGUAGUGAUCAAAUUCUGAGAGACUCGUCUGUGCAGAAGGGGGAGGACGAUGAUGGUAUCCCGGAGCAGAAAUCCAAAAAGGUGCUGUCCAUCCAAGAGGAGGGCAAGACAAAGGAUCCUAAUCCUGGUGGUAGAGGAAGCCAGAUCUUCACACAGAUGGAGGCACUCAAAGGCACAAAGUCUAAUGAGCAUUUCCUCUUCUCAGCUGAAUCACAUGUCAUUCCCCAGCCAAUAACGCGCCACGCGAGUCCAGUGGUAGACCUGAUGGAAUACACUCCCCUGGGUGGUGUUUUCUACUAUGAAAUGUUUCACCUUCCUCAUCAGGCUUACACUGUGGGACAAUAUGUAAUGCAACAGAUUUCGGACAAAGGGCUUCAAGUUUUCUUACACCCCACUGAGACGUCCAGCUUUAGGGACAAUGAGGAUUCUACCUGUCCCCCGGUUGGGGUGUCUGUGACUCUGCCUGACCGCGUGGUCUUCUUUGAACCCCCUCAUGUGGCCCGCUGGGAUGCCACAUGUGAGCAGUGGAGAAUGGACGGUAUCAGUGAUAUCGCCUAUGAGGAGGCUGAAGCCAAACUCUCCUUCAGUAUGGAAACAUUCCAGCCAUUUGUGCUGAUGCAGAAAACUUACCUCAACCUUCCCUUUCAAAGCUGGGAGCUCCGGCCUCUGGGCAGAAGCUCGGCUCUCUUCACCAUAGAGGGAGCGCUCUUUAACCUCAGCAUCACAAUUCAGGGUAAUCAGUGUAUGCUGCAGCUGGAGCAGGAGAGAGGUCUCUCCCAUCUGGUGGGAAAGUGGAUGAGCACACCUGCCCUGAAGAAAGCCAUGCUCGAUGCAGGAGUCAACAUCUUUGUUGAUGAAUACACAGAAAACUAUGUCAGCAGCUGCAACAAGGUCGGCAUCAUUUAUCUGAUGGACCCACUUGCAGAGCAUGCCGCCUACAACCAAAUGGCUCUUUUUGCCUCUGCUUGUGCUUUCUCACGGAGCAAGUGGAAUGCUAAAUGUGGAGCUGAACAUGUGGUCCUGCAGGUGUGUGAGCACCAUGACCCUAGCCCUGUACCCAAAAGCUCUUGGAGUUUGUACCUGCUGGGGGCUCAAAGGAGUAAGAAACUGGAGAUGACAGAGGACAGUGAAGCCUUCUCAUCAGAGCAUCAUCCCAACAGCGAGUUUCACUCAACAUUCAUCCACUUACUGCAGGACAGCCUGAGUCCUGAUGGGUUGGACCGAACCAAAACAUCCUACUGCAUGUUUAUUGACACCAUACAGAGCCUGCUCCAUUCUACCAGACCGCUGGUUUAUUCAGAAACCAUUUAAAUAUCCAGUGGAACGUAUGCAAGACCACAUGCUCUGUUGUAGAAUAGGCUACUUUAUUUGUGCAAAGAUCCACGCAUCUUCUUUGGAACAUACAAAAAGUGUAUGCAAGUACAAAACUGUGAGAACCACAGAAAAAAAAACUUUGGUGUUAAAACUGUAACAAGUAGAAAUAAAAUACCAGCCAAGAAUUUAGACACAUUCCCAUUCGGAUGUGUCCAAACUGGGACUGUGGCUUAAGAAUAAACACUCUGAACUAAUAAUCUCGUAAAAUUCAUAUGCGAACACAUAAAAUAAGGAUAUUAAAAGUGUUCUUUCUUUAGAUAUAAUUGAGUUGUUUUGCAUUUCCUGUGAAAGCAACAAUAAAUGUAAAACUGUUAAAA